CACACACCACCCAUACGAGCGCCUCCCGUUUAAGCCACGCCACUCUAUUCCUCCUACCACCUCUCAUCAUUUGGAAUUCUUCAUCUCCUACCACUGGCUGCUCCAAGAAAAACAAAACACCCACUCCAGCCUGCUUGUGGUCAUACACUCAGUCUGGUUGCAUUUCGACCUAGACCACCAGAGCGGCCGGCUGCUAGCAGAUCCGGGAUUCCUUGUGCGUGAGAGUUCGAGAUGGAGGUGCGGGCGCAUGAGGCGACUGGCCGGAACAGGGGAAGGACGAGCGGCGGCACGACGGCGGCAAGGGUGGUGGAGAGGAAGGAGGCGGAGAGGGAGAGGAGGCAGCACAUGAAGGCGCUCUGCGCCAAGCUCGCUUCCCUCAUCCCAAAAGAACACUUCGCCAACCCUGAUACAAUGACCCAGCUAGGCAGCCUAGACGAGGCUGCGUCAUACAUCAAGAAGCUCAAGGAGAGGGUCGAUGAGCUGCGGCAUAGGAGGAGCUCUGCGCAAGCAAUGGCUGCCACAAGAGGGGCUAGUGGCGCCUCAAUACCAGCCACCACCCCUACCACGAGAGGCGGUGCGGGGUCACCAGAAGGAGAGAAACAUUGGGAGGAGUCUGCACCGGUGGUGGAGGUGCGGCAACACGACGUUACGAGCAUGCAUGUGGUGCUGGUAUGCAGCACACAGAGGCCUAUAAUGCUCCACGAGGUGAUCAGAAUCCUCGAGGAAGAAGGAGCCGAUGUCGUCAAUGCCAAUCACUCCGUUGCUGGUGACAAAAUCUUCUACACCAUAAACUCCCGAGCCUUAAGCUCGAGAAUUGGCAUAGAUGUUUCAAGUGUUUCUGAACGGCUGAGGGCAUUGGGAUGCAAAGACGUUGGCCCAGAGGGUGAAGAGGGCCAAGGCCUUGGCGGGCGGCCAGCCCCCGACCAGUGCUUCAAAGUCGCCACUGGUGGUGCUGAGCAGCCCGGACAGCAGCCCCCAGCACAGCCCCCAGCGAGGGGAGCGGCAGCAGGAGGAGCCGCAGAGGGCUACCCCCAACACACCACCCCCAUCGACUACGUCGCCGCGAGGGGCGUCCCCGGCAAGGGCAUCAAGCACGGAGCCCACAGCCAUGGAGGAAGAGGGGAACUUGGGCGCUGGUGACUCUGCCACGACGCCGAAUGCUGGCGGGGAGGGGACUUCUGCUUCACAGCCUGGCACUGGUCGCAUACGAACUCGGAUUGAGAUGAUUUAUAUAUGAAAAUCGAUCGUCUCGACGAGGCGAAGACAACUCCUUUAGAUCACUCCUUCAUCUGAGGUCAUAUUGAGGGCGUAAUCGGCCAAAUAGUAUUCUGAAUACAAAAUCUGAGUACUUCGAACACAACUUCAGCUUUAGAGAUGAGACCGGAUGACUAUGGCCCAAAUAUCAAAGUUUUCCCUUUUGACGA